UACUCCAGAGAAUCUGUGCCUCAUAAUGUGUAUCUGAUGUGUGAAUUUGUGGAAGUUUUUAAGUGCAACCAGUGCUCAUCAUUCCAUGAGAUGAAGUCUGUAGAAUAGAAAAUCAAGGAAGAGUAUUUGAAACGAACAAUUCCAUGUCGAUGAUUAUUAGAGAGGGGCCAAUGCUGCAGCAGAUUACUGGUGAACAUUCACAGGCAUUGGUUAUUGUUUUCAGGAAUGUAGGCAGAAAGUGACAAUUCUGAGUUCUUACAUAAAUAUGUAGCAGUGAGAAAUUUGAAUCCAAGGAUCCAUCUUGGGGAUUUUUAAAAUAAUGGUAUGAAUAAUAAUAAUAAUAAUAGCAAUAAUAAUGACUAAGGUUUGAAGUAAACUAAGUUUUUUAACUGAAUAGUGAUAUGGAAAUAAUUUUUUUCAUAGACCGAUGCUUUGGGCAGAGAUUGAGAUAAUAAUGGUUUCUGUAAAGGAAAUAAGGAAAAUUACACCUACUUAUAAUGGUGCAUUAGUGGUGGGCAUUUUGUGGAUCUGUCCCAUGUUUACUUGUUUUUUAUAUACUCACUUCAAGACACAAAUACCCACUAAAUGCCCUCUGCCUUCAUGCCUGACAUACCAUCAGCAUAUUCCAGACAUGAGCCAUUUGACUAGAGGAAAUUCUCUGCAGCAGAACUCAUCACUGAGCUCUGAGAUGUGGCAGUUAUUGCAUUUAUAAGGGUUAUGGAAUGUAGUGUGGGAAUAUGAUACAAAAGUAUAAUUAAAAUGGACCUGUAUUAAUAGAAGAAAGAACAGUGGAAAAGAAAAGCAAAGGCUGAAGAGCAGGCUCUGUGUAGCAGACUGUGAAGCAGCCGUGGUGCUAGAUCUUAUCAGAUGUUUUGUCUCUCAAAUGCGCACGACAAAUGAAUGAAAAUUUAAAAAAUUAUUCAUGAGAGAAUUCUAGUUUUCUAGAGAUGAAAAAGUAAAAGGAAAAUACGGUUGUAUGAUGCAGAGCAAACUUCUUCUAGUCCUUUGUUAGGAAGGAUGCGAGUUUACACAUUUUGUAUCUAUCCCUGCAGAACCACAACACAGAGUUGGUAGUACACCACAAAUCCCAGAAUCAGGGGAGAGCCAAAGAGAAAAGCAGCUGACCUGAACUGUCACUAGCACUCUUGCGUUACUUCACGCUCAGUGGAGCUGCUAAGAUAACCAAUCUUGCACAGGCUGAAUCCAGAGUGUUUCCAAGAACUGAGUUAAUUAGUGAAGUAUCCUCAAGUUAACUAACUCCCCUGCCAAGAAAUGGGCUCUUCCAUUUUCCUCACAUGAUUAUCUGGGCACUUUCACUUUUCCAUAUAUAGGAGCAGUUCAGGGACUGACAGAUCAGGCUAGGUAGGGAUACAGAUUCAGGCACAUGCAUACUCCUUACCUGCAGGCACGGAUGCAAGCACAUGCUGCUUUCACACACUGAAAUUCAAGUUAGCUCGAGAGGUAAUAAGUGAAGACAGCAAUAGUCCUGCUGCUAAAGAGCCUUCUUAAACAGAAGGCACUGAAGGUAGAGCUCUCCAGCCACCGUUUGCAGUAAUCCAUCAGGAGCAGCAUCACAGCCAUGAACGGGCCGGUGGAUGGUUUAUGUGAUUACACGCUUGAUGAUGAAGGGGCUUUCAUGUUCACGUCGGAGUCCGUGGGAGAAGGACAUCCAGAUAAAAUCUGUGAUCAAAUCAGCGAUGCUGUACUAGACGCCCAUCUCAAACAGGACCCGAAUGCCAAGGUUGCCUGUGAGACAGUGUGUAAGACAGGAAUGGUGUUGCUCUGUGGGGAGAUCACUUCUCGUGCUAUUGUGGAUUACCAGCGAGUUGUCCGAGAUGCAAUUAGACACAUUGGCUAUGAUGAUUCAGCUAAAGGCUUUGACUACAAGACUUGUAAUGUUUUAGUGGCACUGGAACAGCAGUCACCUGAUAUUGCCCAAGGUGUUCAUCUACACAGGAAUGAAGAAGAUGUUGGUGCUGGAGAUCAGGGUUUGAUGUUUGGUUAUGCAACAGAUGAGACAGAAGAAUGCAUGCCCCUGACAAUUAUUCUUGCUCAUAAACUGAACGCCAGGUUAGCAGAGCUGAGGCGUAACGGGGAACUCCCUUGGCUGAGGCCUGACUCUAAGACACAGGUGACAGUUCAGUACAUCCAGAAGAACGGGGCGGUGAUCCCCGUGCGUGUUCACACCAUUGUGAUCUCGGUGCAGCACGAUGAGACCAUUUCUCUGGAGAACAUGCGCCGGACCCUGAAGGAACGCGUCAUCCAAGUCGUUGUCCCUGCCAAAUACUUGGAUGACAAAACUGUUUAUCACCUUCAGCCCAGUGGACGUUUUGUUAUUGGAGGGCCUCAGGGUGACGCUGGUGUCACGGGCAGGAAGAUCAUCGUGGACACAUACGGCGGCUGGGGCGCGCACGGCGGCGGGGCCUUCUCUGGCAAAGACUACACCAAGGUGGACAGGUCGGCCGCCUACGCUGCCCGCUGGGUGGCCAAGUCCCUGGUGAAAGCUGGGCUCUGCCGCCGUGUUCUGGUUCAGGUUUCUUAUGCCAUUGGGGUUGCUCAUCCACUGUCUAUUUCACUGUUCACUUACGGAACUUCCCACAAAACAGAGAAAGAGCUGCUGGACAUUGUGCACAAAAACUUUGAUCUUCGGCCUGGAGUCAUUGUCAGGGAUCUGGAUUUAAAAAAGCCCAUUUAUCAGAAGACUGCAUGUUAUGGUCACUUUGGAAGACAGGAAUUCUCAUGGGAAGUGCCUAAAAAACUUGUGUUUUGACCUUAGUGACAUGUCACCUUUUAAAACCAGAAAGGAAGACCACUAAUGAUGAGGAUGCUUCUGAAAAUCAAAUUUGACAGCUUUAUAUGCAACAUAAGGAAUUUUAGAUUUUAAAAGGAAAGAAAGAAAAGGUUAUUUUCUUGGAAAUUGAUUUUUUUUAACCCUCAGUGUCUUUCAUUAUCUAAGAUAUAAUGGACAGAGUCUGUUUUUUUAAUCAGCAUAAGACAGCAAAAUAUAGUUUACUUUUAACUGCUGCUCUGUUGGUUCUUUGGAUAAAGACAAAGUGUGACUCAGGUACUAAAACCAAAAGCUGAACCUCAAACCUUUGAUGGGCAAAGGUGAAGAUAACUUUCCCAACUCUGACUAAGGAUCAGCAGAUCUGUUGCUUCUGAUUAGACAAUGGGAAAUUCUGGGGUCCAAUUUCCUUACUGGAGUUAGCAAUGCAUACAAUGGGGGCUGCUUUGGUGGGAGAAGGCUGAAUAGCACCUAACAGUAUCUUUGCCUCUUUUAUAAAAGAUGUUAACAUAGGUGUAAUAUUUAAAUCACCUUCAGUGCAUAUGUGCUGUUACUGUCGCAUUUCAAUUACCUGUGUUUUUGAAACACAAGUGCUCUCCUAUGACACAACAAUCAUAGAAUAAAAAGCUUUUUCCUGCCAUGUA